CACAGCUCUCGCAAGCUCAGCUUCAACCCUCACCUUGCAAUCGACCAACUCCCCAUUUAUCAAAAGUGACCCCAUAUAUUCUGAUGGAGUCUGUUACCGUCAACAGAUUACUAGUACAAAACCACCAGAAAAUACUAGUAUUACCUAUAUAGCUAGGCUGACAGUAUCAAUCUGCGCCACUAUAUCAUUACUUAUUGAUACUCAACGACCAACGACUGAAACCAGUAGUAAAACAUGGCCAUCAGCGAAACAGCCUUCGCUUACCACGAGCCAGCCAUCAGCACAGUCCUCAACCAAGCAGGCUUCCUCCUGGUCCUCAACCUAGUCAACGUGUGCCUCGACAAACUUGUCUAUUGCGGGCUAAUUGGCCAGCUCUUCAUCGGCAUCCUCUGGGGCACUCCCGGCGCAAAAUGGCUCACCCGCGACAUGGAAAUCGUGAUCCAACAGCUCGGCUACCUCGGUCUAAUCAUGCUGGUUUACGAAGGCGGGCUCUCAACAUCUCUCCCCUCCCUGAAAGCGAACCUGCUGCUUUCGCUCGCAGUAGCCAUCACUGGCAUCGGCGCUCCAAUGGGCCUCUCCUUCAUUCUCACUGAGCUAGUAGCCGCAACGCCCCUCCAGGCCUUCUCCGCCGGAGCGGCUCUGAGCGCAACCAGCCUGGGAACCACGUUCACCAUCCUCUCGACCACAGACCUGAUCAAGACACGACUGGGGACGGUUACUACCGGCGCAGCCAUGCUAGAUGAUGUGGUGGGGCUGGUGCUGGUUCAGAUUAUCACUAAUCUCGGUGGAAGUAGUGAGUCGUUCAGUGCUGUGACUGUUGUACGGCCAGUUUUUGUUUCCAUCGGGUUUGGGGUUGGGGUGUUGCUGUUGUGUCGGUUGGGCAUCAGGCCUUCUUUAAGGCUGCUUCUUGCCCAUAAGCAUAGGUUCCCGGCGUUUACGGGGUCAGUUCAGUUUUAUUUCCUGGUGUGUACGUGUCUGCUGGUGGGGAUGGUAGCUGGGGCCACUUAUGCGGGCACGUCGAGUCUCUUUGCUGCGUAUCUGGCUGGCGUGAUGACUUCUUGGAUGGAUGACUUCUUGAAGGAGAAUUCCGGGGCAGUAGAUGCUUGCAACGCGACCACUGAGCCUGACACGGAGAAUACCUCUCAAGAGGAGGGUUCCACCCCGCAAGAGAAGGAUUCCAACCACCAUGACCAGACCAGUCGCCAACAGACUCCCAGUGCCAAACACGAGACUCCCACCGGCAAUCUGGUGUACGAAAAAUACUACCACGAACCGGUGACCAGAAUCCUGGUCCCUCUGUUCUUCGCAUCCAUCGGCUUCGCCAUCCCCAUAACAGAAAUGUUCAACGGCAAAAUCGUCUGGCGCGGCGUCGUCUACGCUAUCCUCAUGACGUUGGGCAAGUUAAUCACCGGCCUCUGGCUCGUGCGGUUCUCGUCUCGACCCGUUUCAAGUGUCCUCCGGGUUCUCAAGAAACCGUUUUCCCGCGUCGUCCUGUUCUGCGCGAGUCCCAGAGCCGGGUCCAAGAAGGGAAAGGAAGGGAACCCGGAGACAACACAACAAGAUUCCCCAAACCUGCAAGACCAGUCGCACGACCAGCCAUCGCCAACCCACCUGGCUACCCAAGCGCACGAAGCUGUCGACGACGAACCACAAACCCAACCUCAACAGGCGAAUCCGAACACACAGUCCACCUCGAGUCUCCCGCCGAAGCCCAAAUCCCUCUAUCCAGCUUCUAUCCUGGGCCUGGCGAUGGUCUCCCGCGGUGAAGUCGGAUACCUCAUUGCUUCGCUCGCUGAGUCGAAGGGCAUCUUCGGGACUAGCUCUAGCGGUGGCUCGUCGGAGACGUAUCUGGUGAUUGUUUGGGCGAUCUCGCUGUGCACGCUUUUUGGGCCGAUUUUUGUCGGGACGUUGGUGAAAAGGGUGAAGACUUUGCAGAAGAUGAGGGUGGAUCAGGGUGGGGAGGAUCCGUUGGGUGUUUGGGGGAUUUAGAUUGGUUUGGUAUAUGUUGGGAGGUGGAUUUUGAGAGGGUAGAAGAGACAGUAGAAGUGCUAGAUUUAGACUGGGUAGAGCAGUGGAUGGGACGCUGUGAUGAAAUUUAUGGAUAUAUUUACCGUAGUAGAAUAUCCCACUGAUAAGUGUGCUGGAAGCUUUUCUCAAAAGAAUAUAUUGUUGAUGCUGUUAAUAUGGAUUAUCAGGUUUCCAAUGGACAUGGAAGCAGAGGGUCAAAAUAGAAUCCUGUCA